AUGGAAAUGGAACAGUCCCCAAUUUCGAAAGCGCUCGCGUUGUCGAUUAGAUCAUUGGUUGCUGGUUUAUUGAAGAUCAACGUUGACCCAUCGUUACCUUCCAUCGUCGAUCAAUGGUGGUGUCCAAUAUGUUCUAUCCAAACAGAAGAUGCUCCACUUUGUCCAAUGUGUCAGCAGAUACUCUUGGAGUCUGCAGAAGAUCUUCCUAAUGAUGAUCAAUCAAAAUCAAAUGUAUUCUGUUAUGAAUAUACACCAAACGAUAAGAUUAUCAAUGUAGAAGGCGGUGCACAUGGUCAACGAAAACAUGUACUAGACAACGACGAUACACCAGGAUUACAAACACUUAUGUCAUUGACUGUUCGUGAUCGGCGGCAUAAGCAUGAAUCCAAUGCUGAAAUCAUAUUUGAAAGAAUCAUUAAACAUUGUAGACGGAAUAAACAAAAUUUUGUGGACAAUCAGUUUCCUCCAUCAACUCGAUCUCUCGGAGCAGACUCAUUCAAUCAAUAUUCACAAUGGCUACGAAUAUCAGAAGUUACUCCAUUGUCUCAUGAUGAUCGUAAAUUACCAUGGACAAUAUUUUCAUCUCCUAAACCGACUGAUAUUCAACAAGGUGCUUUAGGUAAUUGUUGGUUAAUAGCCGCUUUAGCUUUGAUUUCUGAACAACCUCGUUUACUUGAACAUAUUCUUCUUACAAAAAAAUAUAAUAAUGAAGGUGUUUAUCUUGUACGUAUUUGUCAUAAUGGUUUAUGGAAAACAAUUAUUAUUGACGACUAUUUUCCAUGCACGAAACAUAAAUAUUUAGUUUUCACACAAGCUAAACAUCGUCAAUUGUAUGCUCCAUUAAUUGAAAAAGCAUGUGCAAAACUAUAUGGUUCUUAUACUGCUCUAAGAGGUGGAGAUAUGCGUGAAGGUCUUCAAUUAUUGACUGGAGUACCAUGUGAAUAUAUUGAUCUUCAACCAUCGAAGAAUAUAUUUGAUAGUAAUUUAAUUUGGACUAAACUUUUAACUUCAUGUGAAGCAAAAUCAUUGAUUGGAACAGCAUCAGGUAGAAAUGAUGUAAGCUCAGAAGAAUAUGCUCGUGUUCAUAUUCAUAAGAAUCAUGCUUUUUCUAUUCUUUCUGCGUGUGAACUUGGAGAUGCAACAAAAAGAUUAGUAUUAGUCCGUGAUCCUCAUUCUCAUUCAAACUAUCGAGAAGAAGCAGUGACAGAAAGUAUUCUUAAACGAUUACGUUCAGUUAAUCCUGCCGAUAGUUCUGUGGGUGCUUUUUGGAUGUCAUGGCUUCGAUUCCUUCGUUAUUUUUCUUCCAUAAUUAUUUCAACUUAUAAUAGUGAUGAUUUUGAUAUACGUGAACAAUGUAAAUUUACUCGAUCAUCUACUGAACAUGUUAUGACUUAUUAUUUACAUGUACCAAAACGAACAUCGAUCACUAUAAGCGUGAUACAUCAUCGACAAGAUCGAAAAACACGUAGUUCUCAUAGUCAGACAUUUGUUUUAUGCGAUAUUGACGAUUUAAAAUCAAAUAGUAUUGUUGGUAAACGUAAAAGUAUAUUGAUAGGUAAACAAGGAGGACAUACAUACUGGAAUGGAUCAUUAUCAGCUGGUUAUUAUGUACUUAUACCUUUUUCAACUAGUUUCUGGAAAAAUGAUAAUUCAAAUAGAGAUUUUACUGUUGUCAUAAAUUCAAGUGUUCAACUUGAGUUAACUAUGAAAACAAAACCGGCAACAUUUCUUUCUGAUUGUCUAAUUUCAGCAGCUAUGAAAAAUUCUAAAAAGCAAAUGAACAAAGACGUUAUUGUUUAUACAACAUCAGGUGAAUUGGGAUUGAAAAUGCUUAUCGUCGAAAACCAAUCGGAUACACAUAAUCUAAUGUUUGACGUUAAUGUACAACAUGCAAAAAAUGUGCGUCAUUCUCGUCAUAGUGGCUUUCCUUUUAACACUCAUGAUUGUAUUCCACCUCGACAUCGUCAAAUAGUAUUUCUUACAGAGUGGAUUAAUAGACAUAGUGAAUCAGCUAGUUUGAAUUAUGCGUAUUCAUACAGUCAUGACAAACGAAUGAGUGAUCCAAAGCCGCCAAUUGAUACUUCCAAACGUGACUUUCAUUCACCACGAGCAAUUUAA